AUGGCGAGAUGGCACCUGCAAACCCAAGCACUGUCCUCAACGUCUCCUGCGGCACUAGCUACACCUACACACCGCGACACGAGAACCAAAAACACCGAGAAAUGGAUUAGGGUCAAGAGGAUACCAGACACAUUUGUGUCAUUUGAAAGUUAUCUGGAUUCAUUUGCUGGCCCACUGAUUGAAGAAGUACAUGCUGAUAUUUUCUCAUCACUGGCUGGUUAUGCACAGGCAAACUUUACACAAGUAAUCAAGGUGGAAAAGCUUGAUGGCAAAAAAUUUGAGAAUCCAGUAUUCAGUUUUCAGAUUGCAGAGCCCGUGAAGGAUGAGAAGUCAAGGGAGACAUAUGAACCGACAGAAUGUGAUAUAAUAGUCCUGUCCCCGCAAAAACCAAAGCACGUGUCUGAUCUGACACAGAACAAGUCAUCAUAUGUGUUAGAUAAAAUUGUUAAGGGAGGUGAGGAUGAUGAUGAUUUGCCACCUGACUGCUUCAUUGCCAGACUGUCAUCUGAACUUACUGUCGAAGCUGAUCCUGUAACAAGAAUACCAAAGGAACAACUGUUUGCAGUAGUUCUGGUAAACAUGAAGACAUACAACCGCAUUUGGACUUGUCUUGACAAGGGAAAUAAUCGUCAGAAGAAAGUACCUCCUGCAGCAAAUGAGAACCAAAAUGUCUCGCAUGUGUCUGACACUGUUGAUAUAGUAUGGCAGUACAAGUCAAAGGCGGUGAAAUGGGAUAUGUCGAAAAGCUCCCAAUCAUCUCGGUGCUUCCCAGAUCGAUCUAUUGAUGAUCUCGGCCUUGAGAACUUCAUGCUUAACACGUCACAACUGAAUGCUGUUGCAGAUUGUGUUCCAGUAACAGGAAAGUUCUCUUCUUCCGUCAAACUAAUAUGGGGACCCCCUGGGACAGGAAAAACUAAAACUAUUGGCACUCUGCUCUGGGCAAUGCUGCUUUCAAAACAUCGGACGCUUGCCUGUGCUCCUACAAACACUGCAGUACUAGGGGUUGCGUCUCGAAUUGUCAAGCUCGUCCAUGAGUUUUCUGGUAGCAGAGACAUACACCUAAGUGACAUUGUUUUGUUUGGAAACAAAAAGAGGAUGAAGAUAGAUGAGGAUCAUGAACUUUCCACGGUAUUCCUCAGCUCUCGCACUAGGCGUCUGUCAAAAUGCUUCGCAAAGAAACCUUGGAGACUCUGCUUGUCGUCACUGCUACAUUUUCUUGAAAAAUCUGUAGCAGAACAACACCAGUUGUACACUGAAAGAAUUCUUGCGAAAAUGAAGGAAACAGAGAGAAAGAACCAUGAGAAGAACAAAACUGAAGAUUGUAGCGUUACUUCUUGCACUGAAGGUAAAGACCCAGAGGAUAUCUGUGAUAAUGUAGAAAUAGAGCAUGGUGAUGAUGAGUACUAUGAUAAUGAAGAAGAAUCGGAAGAUGAAGAAGAUUGCUAUGAGAGUGAAGGAGUCAAAUCUGACGAUGCGGGUGACGGGUGUGAUCCAGAACCUGCAGAACAAAUGUUAGUAAUAUUGCCACUGAAAGAAUACGUGAGAGCCACUUACAAUGAACUCGCUGCAGAUUUAUUCAAUUGCAUGGAGGUACUGCAAACGGACUUUCCACGAAACCCAAGCAUGGGCCAAAGCUUUCAAUGCAUGACUGAUGUGGCUGAAUUGCUGAACAUUCUUCAUACAUAUAUAAACUCAGACGACGAUGAUGUAUGGUUGGAUGGACUGCUUGAAGGACAGAUAAAGCAGGACAAUGAUCCUGCCAAGUGGCCGGAUCUGCUAGCAUCAGUGCACACAGAAGAGUGCUUAAAGUCGAAGUUUAGGAAGGCAAGAUCACUCUGCAUUCAAGAAUUGCAGUACCUGAGUAAACACUUGGAGCUUCCCUUUUGGGCCAACUGCUUUCAUUGCUCAUAUUAUGACUACGAGCGAGAUAUCCGAAUGUACCUGCUGCAAAAAGCCAGCUGCAUUCUCUGUACUGUUUCUAGGUCUUUUUCCUUGUACAAUGUGCCUGUGGACAAGGACACCUUUCUGUUGCAAAUGUUGACUGUCGAUGAAGCUGCCCAGCUGAAGGAGUGUGAGACCUUAAUUCCUAUGCUGUUACCUGGCAUAAGGCAGGCUGUUUUUAUCGGAGAUGAAUGCCAGUUACCGGCUCUGGUAAAAAGCAAAAUAUCUGAGAAUGCAUACUUUGGAAGGAGUGUUUUUGAGAGGUUAAGUACCCUGGGCUACAAUAAACAUCUCCUCAGUGUUCAGUAUAGGAUGCACCCAGAGAUAAGCAAGUUCCCUGUUGCCAAUUUUUAUGACAGCAAGGUGUCUGAUGGUCCAAAUGUUGUGUGCAAGAACUAUGAGAGGAAAUUCUUACCAGGCAAAAUGUUUGGGUCAUAUUCAUUUAUAAAUGUAGAAGGUGGGCAUGAAACGACUGAAAAGCAUGGUCAGAGCCUGAAAAAUACUAUAGAAGUCGCUGCUGUGCUGUGGAUAGUAAAGCGAUUAUUCGAAGAGUCAGUAUUUACAGGAACCAAGCUCUCUGUCGGUAUUGUGUCACCAUACAAUGCACAAGUUAGAGCUAUCCAAGAAAAACUGGGGGAGUCCUGUGAUAUGUAUGACGGCUUCUCUGUGAAAGUGAAAUCAGUGGAUGGUUUCCAAGGCGCAGAGGAAGAUAUAAUCAUCAUGUCGACAGUGAGAAGUAAUGGAGCUGGUUCGGUUGGGUUUCUCACUAAUCUGCAGCGGACAAAUGUGGCUUUAACAAGGGCGAAGCAUUGCUUGUGGAUUGUUGGAAAUGUAACUACUUUGGCCCAAAGCAGGUCCGUUUGGCAGAAGAUAGUAAAAGAUGCAAUUGCUCGAGGGUGCCUUUUUGACGCUAGUGACAACAAAGAUCUUUCUAAUGCACUAGUAAAUGCUAUCACUGAGCUUGAUGACUACAACAAUUUGGCAAGAAUGGACUCCCUUCACAUAAGGAUGCCAAUGUAUCAGAGGCCUCAAUGGAGAUACCGUUGA